AUGGACGUGGACGUGGACGUGGACGUGGACGUGGACGUGGUCGUGGACGUGGACGUGGACGUGGACGUGGACGUGGUCGUGGACGUGGACGUGGACGUGGACGUGGACGUGGACGUGGUCGUGGACGUCCACGUGGACGUGGACGUGGACUUGGACGUGGACGUGGACGUGGACGUGGACAUGGACAUGGACGUGGACGUGGACGUGGACGUGGACCUGGACGUGGACGUGGACGUGGAGGUGGACGUGGACGUGGACGUGGACGUGGACGUGGACGUGGACGUGGACGUGGAGGUGGACGUGGACGUGGACGUGGACGUGGACGUCGACGUCGACGUGGACGUGGACGUGGACGACGUGGACGUGGACGUGGUCGUGGACGUGGACGACAUGGACGUGGACGUGGACAUGGUGGACGUGGACGUGGACAUGGACGUCGACAUGGACGUGGACGUGGACGUGGACAUGGUCGUGGACGUCCACGUGGACGUGGACGUGGACUUGGACGUGGACGUGGACGUGGACAUGGACGUGGACGUGGACGUGGACGUGGUGGACGUGGACGUGGACGUGGUCGUGGACGUCCUUGUGGACGUGGACGUGGACUUGGACGUGGACGUGGACGUGGACGUGGACAUGGACAUGGACGUGGACGUGGACGUGGAAGUGGACGUGGACAUGGACGUGGACGUGGACGUGGACCUGGACGUGGACGUGGACGUGGACGUGGACGUGGACAUGGACGUGGACGUGGACGUGGACGUGGACAUGGACAUGGACGUGGACGCGGACGUGGACGUGGACGUGGACAUGGACGUGGACGUGGACGUGGACGUGGACGUGGACGUGGACGUGGACAUGGACAUGGACAUGGACGUGGACGUGGACAUGGACGUGGAAGUGGACGUGGACAUGGACGUGGACGUGGACGUGGACGUGGACGUGGACCUGGACGUGGACGUGGAAGUGGACGAGGACGUGGACGUGGACAUGGACGUGGACGUGGACGUGGACGUGGACAUGGUCGUGAACGUGGACAUGGACGUGAACGUGGACAUGGACGUGGACGUGGACGUGGACGUGGACGUGGACGUGGACGUGGACGUGGUCGUGGACGUGGACGUGGACGUGGUCGUGGACGUGGACGUGGAGGUGGACAUGGACGUGGACGUGGACGUGGACGUGGACGUGGUCGUGGACGUGGACGUGGACAUGGACAUGGACGUGGACGUGGACGUGGACAUGGACGUGGACGUGGACGUGGACGUGGACGUGGACGUGGACGUGGACGUGGACGUGGACCUGGACGUGGACGUGGACGUGGACGUGGACGUGGACGUGAACGUGGACGUGGACGUGAACGUGGACAUGCACGUGAACGUGGACAUGGACGUGAACGUGGACAUGGUUGUGAACGUGGACAUGGACGUGAACGUGGACAUGGACGUGGACGUGGACGUGGACGUGGACGUGGACGUGGACAUGGACGUGGACGUGGACGUGGUCGUGGACGUGGACAUGGACGUGGACGUGGACGUGGUCGUGGACGUGGACGUGGACGUGGACGUGGACGUGGACGUGGAGGUGGACGUGGACGUGGACGUGGAGGUGGACAUGGACAUGGACGUGGACAUGGACGUGGACGUGGACGUGGACGUGGACGUGGACGACGUGGACGUGGACGUGGACGUGGUCGUGGACGUGGUCGUGGACGUGGACGACAUGGACGUGGACGUGGACGUGGUGGACGUGGACGUGGACAUGGACGUGGACAUGGACGUGGACGUGGACGUGGACGUGGACGUGGUCGUGGACGUCCACGUGGACGUGGACGUGGACUUGGACGUGGACGUGGACGUGGACAUGGACAUGGACGUGGACGUGGACUUGGACGUGGACGUGGACAUGGACGUGGACUUGGACGUGGACGUGGUCGUGGACGUCCACGUGGACGUGGACGUGGACUUGGACGUGGACGUGGACGUGGACGUGGUGGACGUGGACGUGGACGUGGACGUGAACGUGGACAUGGACGUGAACGUGGACAUGGACGUGAACGUGGACAUGGACGUGAACGUAGACAUGGACGUGAACGUGGACAUGGUCGUGAACGUGGACAUGGACGUGAACGUGGACGUGGACGUGAACGUGGACAUGGACGUGGACGUGGACGUGGACGUGGACAUGGACGUGGACGUGGACGUGGUCGUGGACGUGGACAUGGACGUGGACGUGGUCGUGGACGUGGACGUGGACGUGGAGGUGGACGUGGACGUGGACGUGGACGACAUGGACAUGGACGUGGUGGACGUGGACGUGGACAUGGACGUGGACAUGGACGUGGACGUGGACGUGGACGUGGUCGUGGACGUCCACGUGGACGUGGACGUGGACUUGGACGUGGACGUGGACGUGGACGUGGACAUGGACGUGGACGUGGACGUGGACGUGGACGUGGACGUGGACGUGGACAUGGACAUGGACGUGGACGUGGACGUGGACGUGGACGUGGACGUGGACGUGGACAUGGACGUGGACGUGGACGUGGACGUGGACGUGGACGUGGACAUGGACGUGGACGUGGACGUGGACGUGGACGUGGACAUGGACAUGGACGUGGACGUGGACGUGGACGUGGACAUGGACGUUGACGUGGACGUGGACGUGGACGUGGACAUGGACGUGGACGUGGACGUGGACGUGGACGUGGACGUGGACGUGGACAUGGACAUGGACGUGGACGUGGACGUGGACGUGGACGUGGACGUGGACAGGGACGUGGACGUGGACGUGGACGUGGACGUGGACGUGGACCUGGACGUGGACGUGGACGUGGACGUGGACGUGGACGUGGACGUGGACAUGGUCGUGAACGUGGACAUGGACGUAAACGUGGACAUGGACGUGGACGUGGACGUGGACGUGGACGUGGUCGUGGACGUGGACGUGGACGUGGACGUGGACGUGGACGUGGUCGUGGACGUGGACGUGGACGUGGACGUGGACGUGGUCGUGGACGUCCACGUGGACGUGGACGUGGACUUGGACGUGGACGUGGACGUGGACGUGAACAUGGACCUGGACGUGGACGUGGACGUGGACGUGGACCUGGACGUGGACGUGGACGUGGUCGUGGACGUCCACGUGGACGUGGUCUUGGACGUGGACGUGGACGUGGACGUGGACAUGGACGUGGACGUGGACGUGGACGUGGACGUGGACGUCGACGUGGACGUGGACGUGGACGACGUGGACGUGGACAUGGACGUGGUCGUGGACGUGGACGACAUGGACGUGGACGUGGACGUGGACGUGGACGUGGUGGACGUGGACGUGGACAUGGACGUCGACAUGGACGUGGACGUGGACGUGGACAUGGUCGUGGACGUCCACGUGGACGUGGACGUGGACUUGGACGUGGACGUGGACGUGGACAUGGACGUGGACGUGGACGUGGACGUGGUGGACGUGGACGUGGACGUGGACGUGGACGUGGUCGUGGACGUCCACGUGGACGUGGACGUGGACUUGGACGUGGACGUGGACGUGGACGUGGACGUGGACAUGGACAUGGACGUGGACGUGGACGUGGAAGUGGACGUGAACAUGGAGGUGGACGUGGACGUGGACUUGGACCUGGACGUGGACGUGGACGUGGACGUGGACAUGGACGUGGACGUGGACGUCGACGUGGACGUGGACAUGGACGUGGACGUGGACGUGGACGUGGACGUGAACGUGGACAUGGACGUGGACGUGGACAUGGACGUGGACGUGGACAUGGACCUGGACGUGAACGUGGACAUGGACGUGGACGUGGACGUGGACGUGGACGUGGACGUGGUCGUGGACGUGGACGUGGACGUGGACGUGGACAUGGACGUGGACGUGGACGUGGACGUGGACGUGGACGUGGACGUGGUCGUGGACGUGGACGUGGACAUGGACAUGGACGUGGACGUGGACGUGGACAUGGACGUGGACGUGGAAGUGGACGUGGACAUGGACGUGGACGUGGACGUGGACGUGGACGUGGACCUGGACGUGGACGUGGACGUGGACGUGGACGUGGACGUGGACGUGGACCUGGACGUGGACGUGGACGUGGACGUGGACGUGGACGUGGACGUGGACGUGAACGUGGACAUGGACGUGAACGUGGACAUGCACGUGAACGUGGACAUGGUCGUGAACGUGGACAUGGUCGUGAACGUGGACAUGGUCGUGAACGUGGACAUGGACGUGAACGUGGACAUGGAGGUGGACGUGGACGUGGACGUGGACGUGGACGUGGACAUGGACGUGGACGUGGACGUGGUCGUGGACAUGGACGUGGACGUGGUCGUGGACGUGGACGUGGACGUGGACGUGGAGGUGGACGUGGACGUGGACGUGGACGUGGACGUGGACGUGGACGUGGACGUGGACGUGGACGUGGACGACGUGGACGUGGACGUGGACGUGGUCGUGGACGUGGACGUGGACGUGGACGACAUGGACGUGGACGUGUACGUGGUGGACGUGGACGUGGACAUGGACGUGGACAUGGACGUGGACGUGGACGUGGACGUGGACGUGGACGUGGUCGUGGACGUCCACGUGGAUGUGGAUGUGGACUUGGACGUGGACGUGGACGUGGACGUGGACAUGGACAUGGACGUGGACGUGGACGUGGACGUGGACAUGGACGUGGACGUGGACGUGGACGUGGACGUGGUCGUGGACGUGGACGUGGACGUGGACGUGGACUUGGACGUGGACGUGGACGUGGACGUGGACGUGGUGGACGUGGACGUAGACGUGGACGUGAACGUGGACAUGGACGUGAACGUGGACAUGGACGUGAACGUGGACAUGGACGUGAACGUGGACAUGGACGUGAACGUGGACAUGGUCGUGAACGUGGACAUGGACGUGGACGUGGACGUGGACAUGGACGUGGACGUGGACGUGGUCGUGGACGUGGACAUGGACGUGGACGUGGACGUGGACGUGGUCGUGGACGUGGACGUGGACGUGGAGGUGGACGUGGACGUGGACGUGGACGUGGACGAGGACAUGGAUGUGGACGUGGUGGACGUGGACGUGGACAUGGACGUGGACAUGGACGUGGACGUGGACGUGGACGUGGUCGUGGACGUCCACGUGGACGUGGACGUGGACAUGGACGUGGACAUGGACGUGGACAUGGACAUGGACGUGCACAUGGACGUGGAAGUGGACGUGGAUGUGGACGUGGACAUGGACAUGGACGUGGACGUGGACAUGGACGUGGACGUGGACAUGGACGUGGGCGUGGACGUGGACAUGGUUGUGGACGUGGACGUGGACGUGGACGUGGACGUGGAGGUGGACAUGGACGUGGACGUGGACAUGGACGUGGACAUGGACGUGGACGUGGACGUGGACGUGGACGUGGUCGUGGACGUCGACGUGGACGAGGACGUGGACUUGGAGGUGGACGUGGACGUGGACGUGGACGUGGACGUGGACGUGGUGGACGUGGACGUGGACGUGGACGUGGACGUGGACAUGGACCUGGACGUGGACGUGGACGUGGACGUGGACGUGGACGUGGACGUGGACAUGGACGUGGACGUGGACGUGGACGUGGACGUGGACGUGGACAUGGACAUGGACGUGGACGUGGACGUGGACGUGGACGUGGACGUGGACGUGGACAUGGACAUGGACGUGGACGUGGACGUGGACGUGGACGUGGACGUGGACCUGGACGUGGACGUGGACGUGGACGUGGACGUGGACGUGGACAUGGACGUGGACGUGGACGUGGACGUGGACGUGGACGUGGACAUGGACGUGAACGUGGACAUGGACGUGGACGUGGACAUGGACGUGAACGUGGACAUGGACGUGAACGUGGACAUGGUCGUGAACGUGGACAUGGACGUGAACGUGGACGUGGACGUGGACGUGGACGUGGACGUGGACAUGGACGUAGACGUGGACGUAGUCGUGGACGUGGACAUGAACGUGGACGUGGACGUGGUCGUGGACGUGGACGUGGACGUGGACGUGGAGGUGGACGUGGACGUGGACGUGGACGUGGACGUGGACGUGGAGGUGGACGUGGACGUGGACGUGGACGUGGACGUGGACGUCGACGUGGACGUGGACGUGGACGACGUGGACGUGGACGUGGACGUGGUCGUGGACGUGGACGACAUGGACGUGGACGUGGACGUGGACAUGGUGGACGUGGACGUGGACAUGGACGUCGACAUGGACGUGGACGUGGACGUGGACAUGGUCGUGGACGUCCACGUGGACGUGGACGUGGACUUGGACGUGGACGUGGACGUGGACAUGGACGUGGACGUGGACGUGGACGUGGUGGACGUGGACGUGGACGUGGACGUGGUCAUGGACGUCCACGUGGACGUGGACGUGGACUUGGACGUGGACGUGGACGUGGACGUGGACGUGGACAUGGACAUGGACGUGGACGUGGACGUGGAAGUGGACGUGGACAUGGACGUGGACGUGGACGUGGACGUGGACCUGGACGUGGACGUGGACGUGGACGCGGACGUGGACGUGGACGUGGACAUGGACAUGGACGUGGACGUGGACGUGGACAUGGACGUGGACGUGGACGUGGACGUGGACGUCGACGUCGACAUGGACGUGGACGUGGACGUGAACGUGGACCUGGACGUGGACGUGGACGUGGACGUGGACGUGGACGUGGACGUGAACGUGGACGUGGACGUGAACGUGGACAUGCACGUGAACGUGGACAUGGACGUGAACGUGGACAUGGUCGUGAACGUGGACAUGGACGUGAACGUGGACAUGGACGUGGACGUGGACGUGGACGUGGACGUGGACGUGGACGUGGACAUGGACGUGGACGUGGACGUGGUCGUGGACGUGGACAUGGACGUGGACGUGGACGUGGUCGUGGACGUGGACGUGGACGUGGACGUGGACGUGGAGGUGGACGUGGACGUGGACGUGGACUGGUCACGUGGACGUGGUCGUGGACGUGGUCGUGGACGUGGACGUGGCGUGGACGUGGACGUGGACGUGGACGUGGUCGUGGACAUGGACGUGGACGUGGACGUGGACGUGGACGUGGACGAGGACAUGGACGUGGACGUGGACGUAGUGGACGUGGACGUGGACAUGGACGUGGACAUGGACGUGGACGUGGACGUGGACGUGGACGUGGUCGUGGACGUCCACGUGGACGUGGACGUGGACUUGGACGUGGACGUGGACGUGGACAUGGACAUGGACGUGGACGUGGACUUGGACGUGGACGUGGACAUGGACGUGGACGUGGACGUGGACGUGGUCGUGGACGUCCACGUGGACGUGGACGUGGACUUGGACGUGGACGUGGACGUGGACGUGGUGGACGUGGACGUGGACGUGGACGUGGACGUGAACGUGGACAUGGACGUGAACGUGGACAUGGACGUGAACGUGGACAUGGACGUGAACGUGGACAUGGACGUGAACGUGGACAUGGUCGUGAACGUGGACAUGGACGUGAACGUGGACGUGGACGUGAACGUGGACAUGGACGUGGACGUGGACGUGGACAUGGACGUGGACGUGGACGUGGUCGUGGACGUGGACAUGGACGUGGACGUGGUCGUGGACGUGGACGUGGACGUGGAGGUGGACGUGGACGUGGACGUGGACGUGGACUGGUCGUGGACGUGGACUUGGACGUGGAGGUGGACGUGGACGUGGACGUGGACGUGGACGAGGACAUGGACGUGGACGUGGUGGACGUGGACGUGGACAUGGACGUGGACAUGGACGUGGACGUGGACGUGGACGUGGUCGUGGACGUCCACGUGGACGUGGACGUGGACUUGGACGUGGACGUGGACGUGGACGUGGACAUGGACGUGGACGUGGACGUGGACGUGGACGUGGACGUGGACAUGGACAUGGACGUGGACGUGGACGUGGACGUGGACGUGA